AUGGCACAUCUUGUUACGGCCUAUACUGCAGGAAUCGCAGGUGCUAACAUCAAGGUCUCCCGGGUUGGCGGAUUCACUAAAGCACGAUUAUUGCGCGAUGCAGCUGUUGCGCUUGAUAUGAUGGUGGCCAUCGACGACACGUGGGGGUGUGCGCUACCAACGGCGCAAAAUAUCCGAAUGGCGGCUUCUACACCCCCUAACAGACUACGUGCAGUUGAUGUUUUCGCGGAGUGGACAUCCCCAGCGCUCACUGAGAAUCCGAGAAUGAAAUCGCAUGGUCUAAUCACCCACCCGAGCUUGCCCGGUACUCGAUUUGGGACCAUCAUUGUAGACAUACUGGGUGAGCCUUUGUUUUACAUCAAGGCAUAG